AAAUUAUCUUAGUGAAUGCGCGUGUUAUAUCGUACGAGACAGGGGGCGGGGCCAAGAGCGGACUUCAGAGACGCGCAGUGGAUGGUGUCCCGCGUGUCGUCUGUGGGGUCGCUGCUGGUGGCCAUGGCCGCCUCCACCUUCGUCAUCGCCUCCGCCAGGGAGCGCCGGCAGGUGCAGGGAGCCGCUGGGGUGGACUACCCCACCUACUCCGAGGUGCCGCCCGGCCUUACAUUCUCCUGCACCGACAAGAUCCCUGGAUACUACGCUGACCCCGAGGCUCAGUGUCAGGUGUGGCACUGGUGUGUGCCAGGCGGACAAAAGUACUCCUUCCUCUGCCCCAACCAGACGCUCUUCAACCAACUCCACAGGGUAUGCGACUGGUGGUUCAAAGUGGACUGCUCUGGCUCUCCUGACAACUACAACAUCAACGAGGACCUCUACAAGAUCCCCGACGUCAGGGUUAGCCGCUCUAACAACCCUGACCCCAUAAAAGUAGAAGAGGACGAGGAGGAUAAGGAAGAGGAAGUCAGCAGCGAGGCUUAGCCUUUAUAAGACGUCUACCACGAUCACUUAAGGCACAUCUACACAACCACUUGUGAGACGUCAGCUAUGUGACUUCUCAUGGGAGGGAGGGAAUUAUCAGGAGAAAGUACCAAGCCAUUAUGACUAUAUGGCACUUAGAAGGAGUCAGGAUAAGGAUUAGGGAUGGGACGGGGGGAAGGAAAGGUGACCAAUGGGGCCAGCUUCACGAAACAGUUAAGCAAGUACUUACGAAUGUGUACAUCUUUUCUCAAUCUUUGACGCCUUUGAUUACAUUUAUUAAACAAUUUACGAGCAUGAAAACUUGCCAAUCAACUGUUGUUAUUGUUAUAAACAGCCUCCUUGUGCUUCGGAGCUCAUUAACUGUUUAAUAAUUGUAAAUAAAGUCGCCAAAGAUUGAGAAAAGAUAGACAGGCUCGUAAUUGUUUGCGUAACUUCGUGAAUCUAGCCCUUGUUGGACGGUCGGGGAUUGAACGCCGACCUGCAUGAAGCGAGACCGUCGCUCUAUCCAUGAUCCAUCCAGCCCAAGUGGAUGGAUCAUGGGACAAGUAUGAAAGAGGCUUUUUAGCUAAUGUAUAUUUUUAGAUAUUGUUUCUUUAAUGUCUAAAACUUCAAUAAAAAACACAACUUUAUUCAGAAUUACUAUAAUAUACAAAACCUAUGUAGCCUACUUAAUUAUCAGAUUGGCUGUUAUACCCUUCACGAAAAGGAAUUAAGGCUACACUACCAGGAGAGCGUUAUACUAUACAGCAAUUAUAUACUGUGGCAUAUAACAUACUCUGCUAUUAAAAUUACCUGUGGUAUUAAAGUGUUUACUUCCAGAAAAUGGUAUAUAAAACUGAUAUGAUAUUGUUUUUAGAUUCAACACCGAGCUUGUUCGCAUAGCCGCAAACUGCAGUGUACCCAAGAUUGUUAAUAAUUAACAAGAUAUUCAAUGGCAGCUCCUGUUUACUUUCCAUAAUGUGAUGCUCAGGCGGUGGAUGCAAACACCAUGAACGGCCAGUAGUGAAACUUUGGGGGGAAAUUUUGUGGUCAUUAAAUGGCUGGGAACCCCCCCAUCCCCCUUAUAAUAGCACAAGGUGUGUGUGUGUAUAUGUGUGUGUAUAUAUAUAUAUAUAUAUAUAUAUAUAUAUAUAUAUAUAUAUAUAUAUAUAUAUAUAUAUAUAUAUAUAUACACAUACAUACAUAUACAGUGUACACACAGUACAUUAAUCACUUAUUUGCCUGAAUUUACCUGAGGGCCACUAUCAUUAAUGAUCUUGUCUGGAAUGCCAGCAGCUUGUAAAAGGAACUUCCCCCUCCUAUAUUUCUGAUUUUUUUCCCCAGAUGAAUUUUGACUACUAGGGUACUUGCAGUUUUAGCAGAUAGGUGAUUCCAUGGGUUUGUUACUAUGGAUUAAAAGGCGUGUCUUGUCUUCUAUCCUACAUUGUAGCUUGAGCUUAAUAAAGUUGUUCCUCUC